UUCCAAACCUGUCACCAGCUUCCCAUGCUUUACGUUUGGCUACAUUCGUGAGGACACCGCCUGCUAGGUAGAAACUUUAAAACUCGACAUACACUAUUGUGAGGAUAUCGCCAACAAGUAUUAAGGGCGCUAAUUGUUGACCUGGGCCUGAAACUACGACAUCCAUUCUGUGCGAAAACAUCCAUAUUGGACUUGUCGGUUGUAACCCCUGUAUCUUAGAGGACAUCAUUCUUCAACACAGAGCUGGGCAAAGGAGCAUAUAGCAUUUCUAUAGAAAAGGCUUUGAUAGGCUGAGUCUGUACUACAUCCUUGUCGCUCAGAGGAUAUCGAUUUUUGACAACGAGCUGGGAAACAGGGGCACACAAACUUUAUUUUAAAAUACUUCAAUAGGCCAAGUCUAUACAACAAGAGGAUCCCGUGUGUCGCCGAACUCCAUCUUAUCACGCUAAAUUACUAACAGUCAUGGCUUCAAAUCUCGGCCGCUCAAUUAUCAAAGCACAAGAUCCUGUAAGGCUUAAGGGGCAUCCAAAGUGUCAGGUCCAUAAACAAAACGACGUGCUAUUAUUAUGUCGGGACUGUAAGAUGCUUAUCUGUAUAACUUGUUCUAUAAGUAGUCAUAAAGAACACAUUGAUAGCUUUCAGGAACUAACAAAUAUUAAAACAGAGCAAAAUCAAAUAAUUCAGGACUUUUUGGAUGAAACAGAUAACGUAAAAAUUCCAAAACUAAACCAGGAAAUUUUAUCUUCUCGAAUAAAAAUAUCUUCACGUAAACCUAUGUACGAUAAACUUCGCAAAAACAUCAUCGACAACAACAACGAGUGCAAAUUAGAAAUGGACAAAAUCACCGAGGAGUACAUUACUUUGUGUGAUAAGAUGGAGGUGGCGGACACGGACCUCAUCCAGACCCACAUCACAGACCUGGAGAGGAGGUUGGAUACUUUAAAGGAACUCUCAUCAGAAUAUAAACAGACUCUCCAGACAGGAACGGGUGUUCUCAAGUACGACUCGGUAUCAGAAAUCCGGGAACUUGAUUCCGACAUCCCACCGACACCUAACAUAGACAUGGCCGAGUUUACUCCGGGUAUCGACAGACAAAGUCACCUGAAACAGGCCCUCGGGAAGUUGAAAAUUCCUGCUGACCCUCUCCGGUACACACUUCCGGACAGUCCAACCGUCAUGGCCCAGUUCUCAUACACGGAUUACAUCUCAUCGAUCUGUCCUACAUCUGAUGGACGUGCGUGGCUGUGUGACAGGGACACCGACACAGUAAAUCUCAUAAACAACAAAGGUCAGGUCAUACACACGAUAAAACACAACAGUAACAUCGAUAACAUCAGUCUGAACCCCACUACAGGUCGUCUGUGGUUCAGUUGUAGGGAUGAGAGGUCUAUCUGUGAAGUAUCUUUUUUUACAUUUUUAUCAUUAUUUACACCAGCCACAAGGUUUACUAUAGAGGAUUACCCAUACAGUCUGUGUGUGACCAGGGAGGGUCGGGUAGUGGUGGGUACAGGGGGUGAACAGGGGUACAAGGUGAUGAUAUACACUGUAGACGGCCAGGUGUUACAUACACACAUUGUGGAGGGGUCAGGGACGGGGUAUGUACUGUCAAUAUCACAAUGUAGUGUUACAGGUAACAUAGCUGUAGUGAGUGGUAAACAUAUCAGUGGGGAAUACACUCCAGACAACUACAGGCGUCACAUCAGUGUGUACAACCCAACACUCCGGCCACUGGUCCACUACCGGGGGGAGGGGAUAGAGGCCCGGGGGGAGGGAAUGCAGGUACAGAAGUCAGUCACACCAGACAAGUUUGGUCCAAUCACAGUUGUAUAUGACAGCAAGGGUAAUAUUGUUAUUGCUGACAGGACAAGGAACACAAUAGAACUGAUAAGUGGAGCAGGGAAGUACAUAAAAACACUUCACACAAACAAAGGAUGGCAGUGGGUAGUAGGUAUACAGAAGGGUGAUGUGUUGUGGUCAGAAUUAGAGUUAGAUACAGGAGAGUUGGGACUCAAACUCCUCAAGUAUUAUAGUGACUGA